UUUGAUUGGACAAUUUUCUGGGAGGACUGAAUGGCGGAAGUUAGAAUUAAUCAUUUCAGAAUUUGACAUCAUUUGUUUAUUUUGACUGAUUAAAUCAAACCACAGUAUGAUUAUGUAAUGCAAAGCGGUGGAACAUCUUUGAAUAGCAGCUGGAAUAAUUAAAAACAGUUUCUAGAAGAUAGACAGAGUGAAUUGGUCACAAAAGUCUAACCUUGGGCUUGGCUCAUAAACCGAAUCAGUUAUCUUUUGCGUGACAGUGACAUUGUACAGACGUUAUGCGCAGAUAAAGAUAUAAUAUACAAUCAUGGGUGAUAAAAAGGACAAAAGAAAUAGUUUUUUGUCUUUCAAGAUUGGGAAAGAUAAAAAGGAGAAAAAGCAGAAUGCAGCAGCCACACUGCCUGUAGGGUCACGGUUACCCUCGACCACUGAAGAAUCAGCUAAUGGCCAGUCAAGUGGGCCUCCCGCACAGGAGGUCAUCAAUAGCAUGACAGUACAAGAGGUCAUUGAUAAGUUUGAGCGCAUGCUGGAUGACAUGAACUUGACAGAUGAGAAGAAAGCUCCAUUGAGGGACCGAGACAUUGGUUACAAGAAAGCUAUGUUGCUCAUGCAUUACAAGGCCCCAGCAAAGGCAGGUGAGCUGGACUCGCCUGGAAGUUUUGUUACAGAGUUACGUAAUGCAGAUCUUAAGGGAGAGAAAAGAUUAAAAGUGCUGGAGUCACUGAGGGUAUCGCUGACAAGUAAUCCUGUAAGCUGGGUACAAGAGUUUGGAGUAGCUGGUCUCAAUGCCAUUCUCAGAAACCUGACCUAUUGCUGUGACUCAAGAACCGAGAGAAAAGCAACAUAUGAGUGUGUUCGUUGUUUGAAAGCAUACAUGAAUAAUACAUUUGGUUUGAUGGAGAUAAUAAAGCAUGAAGAAGCUCUCACUAUACUGUCACGGACAGUGGAUCCUACAGACACGUUGACCAUGUUAGAGGCAGUCAGACUGCUGGCAGCUGUGUGCCUUGUGCCUCCUAAUGGGCACGAAAAAGCCUUGGAAGGUAUCACUGUUUGUGGUGAAAUACGAAAUCAGGAGCGAUUUGUCCCGAUCAUCAUGGGUCUUGGUAUGAGAGAUAACCAGCAGAUGCAGGUUGCUUGUAUACAGCUUGUCAAUGCCCUCGUCUCUACACCGGAGGAUCUUGACUUCCGGUUACAUCUACGUAAUGAAUUUAUGAGGACGGGUUUAGGGGAUUUACUUCUUACACUAGAUAAUUCACAAGACAAUGAGUUGCGGACACACCUACAGAUCUUCCAUGACCAUACAGAUGAGGAUUAUGAAGAGUUCUCACAUAGAUACGAUAAUGCCAGGCUUGACUUUGAAGAUGCUGAACAGUGUUUUCAUAUAGUACACAACUCAGUAAAAGACACAGUGGCGGGACCAUAUUUUCUAUCUAUAAUGCAGCAUUUAUUAUGUGUCAGAGAUGACUUGUAUGCAAGACCGCAGUACUACAAAUUGAUAGAGGAAUGUGUUACUCAGAUUGUACUUCACAGGUCUGGAGUAGACCCGGAUUUUAGACUCACCAAGAAAUUUGAAAUAGAUGUUGAACCAUUACUUAAUACUUUAAGUGAAAAAUCAAAAUUUGAAGAUAAUGAAGUAUCAGUGGUAGAAAUCAAUUCCAAACUCGAGACUGCGCUAACAGCAAAACAAGAAUCAGAAGCUAAAGUUCUCACAAUGGAAGAUAAAAUAAAGAGAUACGAGGAGGAAUUGUCGAAUUUAAAAGAAAAGAUGAAGGCGGAUCAACAGGCGGCCCUUGAGGCAAAAUUAACACAACAAAAGCCUGCUGCGCCACCUGACAAACAGAUGGUCGUCUGCCCGAAAUGCGAGGCAGCGUCUAAAUCAUCUGCCGAGGAACUGGUUUUGGAUGGAGUAGGCUCACAAAUAUCAGCUGUGAUAAAUAAAGGAGGUGGUGCACCUGCCCCGCCACCUCCCCCACCACCUCCUCUACCUCCUGGGGCAGGAGCUCCCCCACCCCCACCUCCACCACCAGGAGGUGCUCCCCCACCACCUCCUCCCCCUCCAUUCCCAGGAGGAGGUGUUCCUCCCCCACCUCCACCACCUGGCGGAGGUCCCCCACCACCCCCUCCACCACCUGGUGCACCAAUGCCUCCAGGAAUGGCUCCACCACCACCUUUUGGAGCACCUUCACCUGUAUCUAAAGCACUACCACAUGGAAUGCAACCGAAGAAAAAAUACCAAGUUAAACAGCCAAUGAAAAGAGCCAACUGGAAAAAGGUUGAACCAAAACAACUGGAUAAAAACUCAUUCUGGGUGCAGGCAAAAGAAAGUCAAUUUGAAAGUGAAGAUAUUCUGUCAGGACUGCAAGAAAACUUCUCUACCAAAACAGUUAAACCUCAAACUACAGAUGAACAUGCUGAACAGAAACCUGCUAAGAAAGGCAAGGAGCUCAAAGUUCUUGAUCCAAAAUCAGGACAAAAUCUUUCCAUAUUGCUGGGAUCCAUUAAGGUGCCUUAUAAGGAGUUACAUCGGCGGAUAAUAGAGAUGGAUGAAGAGAACCUCACAGCAGCUAUGGUAGAACAGCUGCUCAAAUACAUGCCAGACCAGGACUCCCUUAACCAACUUGCUUCCAUGCAGGAUCACUACAAUGAGCUAGCUGAACCAGAACAGUUCUGUGUUGUUAUAUCUUCCAUAAAGAAAUUAGUUCCAAGAUUGAAUGCCAUGUUAUUUAAGAUGGGAUUUGCUGAAAACCUGAAUGAUAUUAAACCAGAUCUGGUAAAUGCAAGAGAAUGUUGCGAGGAAAUAAUGGAGAGUAAAAAAUUUGCUGGAAUCUUAGAGAUUAUACUGCUAGUGGGUAAUUACUUAAAUACUGGAUCCAGAAAUGAACAGUCACUAGGAUUUGAUAUAAACUUCUUAUCAAAGCUUGGAAACACUAAAGCUCAAGAUGGAAAGACUACGUUAUUACAUUUUAUUGCCAAUGUUUGUGAAAACAAGUACCCAGACAUCCUUAACUUCCAUGAAGAACUCACACAUCUAGAUAAAGCUGCCAGAGUGUCGGAUGAGAACAUGAAGAAGAACAUUAAAGCAAUGGAAAAACAGUUUAAACAGCUAGAGACAGACCUGAAGUCAAUCAAAAAAUCAGUUGGUGACAAAGGCGAUAGGGACAAGUUCUCAGAUGUUAUGAAUCAAUUCCUUGGUUCAGCUAAAGAACAAUUUGAAGUAUUAAAUACAAUGUACAAACAGCUAGACAGCCAAUACAAAAGUCUAGGAAAGUUUUACGCAUUUGAUCCAAACAAGUACUCAAUGGAGGAGUUCUUUGGAGAUAUCAAACUGUUCAAAGAUGAAUUUACGCGUGCUGUGCAAGAGAACAGAAAGAUAAGAGAAACGCAGGAAAAGAUCAAACGAGCAAAAGAAGCAAAAGAAAAGGCUGAAAGAGAAAAGCAGGCUAGACAAGCACGGCAGAGAGCUCUAGUAGAUAUAACAACAGACGAGAACCAGGAAGGUGUUAUGGAUAAUUUGUUAGAAGCAUUGAAGACAGGCUCCGCUUUUAAUGUUGGUAGAGAGAAGAGGGAUGGUAAACGAAGAACGCCCAGGGCGGCAGGAGGAGGAUGGCGGCAGACGGCUGAAGCUGAACGCAGGGCUCAGCUUUCCAGAUCAAGAUCUAGAACAAAUAUCUCAAAUCUAGAGAACACUGUGACUCGAGAAAUAUCGUUUGACAAUACUCUAACAGACUCUCCCGUAAGGCCUUCCAAUAAUAACGCUCCGCGGCGGAACAGUCAACAGGAUGCUGAUGAAUCUGAAGCGGAGAAGUUGCUAGCGCGUCUACGAGCUUUGUGAAAGCUUCGAGACGAGGUGUAGACAUGUGAUACAAACUUACAUAUAUGUGUGCUAAUGUAUAAAGUAGAAAAGGUUUUUUUGUUAUAACCAAGCAAUGUUUUAAAGCAACUAUGUAUUAUACAGUAGCAUGCUAAAUUUGCAUUUGUGUGAUAUGACAAAAUAUUUGUAAAAAGAGAGGUUUGGGAUACAUAUAAGAGGUUAUAUGAAGAAAGGGUGGAUGCAUGAUUCUUCAUUAUGUUGUGUAAAGGAAGAGUGGUUAAAUUUAACAUGUGGGUGGGGGUCAAUCAGAUUGACAAUUUAGUCUUUACCUUAUUACAGAUGGAAAAUUAUGGGUCAACUUAAAAACUUGGGGGAAAAACAGAGGUUGGGGUGAUUUCCAGCAACUUUAUAUUGUAAAUACACUUACAUAUCUUAAACUUAACUGUGUUCUUUUAUUCGAUGUUCUUUGUAGAUUCUGACUUGAAAUAGGUCAUAGUGUUUUGAUAUUUUUGAUAAUUCAAAUUCAAAGGUCUGAAGUAAGUAUUUGAGUGUUUAUAUAUAGUUACAGUCAAUCGCUAUGUCUCGCUAUCACUAAACUUCAUAAAUUACUAGAAAUAUAAUAAAAAUUGUUCUGGCAAAUUUGGGCAAUUUUGGCCUUGAGUAAAAUUCUAGUUUUGUUGAAUCUCAAUUUUAGCUACAGUACAGUUAUCAGUUUAGGCUUACUGAGAAUAUAAGAAGGUUUGAACAAUAAAAACAUAACAUUAUUUUUUUCACACAGCUGGCUGAGAUUGUCCCAUGUUAUAUUACUUAUAUUUUUGGGGGGUCAAUACUUAAUUGAGGAGUGGGAAAAUGUGUGGAAGUCUUAAAUAAUAUCCUAAUGGUAUGCUACUUUCGUUAUAUUUGUUAAAGUUCAAUUAAUCUUCUAAAAAGGUGCUAUAAUAUUCUAGUUAAAAUUCUAAUUAAUUUUUUUGUGCCCCCCUCCCAAAGAUUUUGUGGGGGGAGGGGGUCACUUAGAGUUGUAUUAGCAUUUAAUUGUUACUAAUCCCUGUUCAUUGUCUAAUUUCGUUUGACCUGUCAUCAUUUCAUCAAGCUUUUAUUUUAACUUUAUUUAAGGAAGUUUUGCAUGUUCUUUACACUGCAAGUUAUGGUAACACCCUUUCCAGAUAAUGUGGAUGAAACCUACAUGGCACUAUUUCGUUGACUUUGUUUGGUUUUUGAAUGUCUUUUACAUCUUCAUCUAUAUCUAUGAUGUACUGUAACAAUCAAUUCUGAUUAUGACUGGGAGGCGCUUGUCUGGGACAGACUGUUAAAAGAUUGGCAAGCUCAUUAGGUGCAAAGUAAAAAAGAACUACAAUUGUUAAGAUUAAAAUUGUAGUUACAGUUGCCAGCCUCUCAGUGAAUAGAAUCAAACUGGGGCUAGAUUGUUUGUGUAGGGGAGGACCAUUCCAGGAACAAAUUGUUCUUGGAAAAAAGGAGUUAGAAUGGUAUUGCAUAUGAGAUUGUGGGAUCAGGUAAAUCAGGUUCCUUGUAGGUGUGAGAUGGUUAUGGUCAACUGCAACAUAAGCUCUGAUUUCAUCAAGAAAUGUAUCUCUUUUUUGAUAAGUACACAUCUGAAAAAAGGUCAUUAUAAGUUGUGAGAUUGGCAGAAAGCUUUUCAGGAUUUCAUUAGGGAUGGGAAAAAGAAAGAUUAACUAAAAGACAAAAAUUGUCAUUUCAGCCAUCUUACAAUUAACAUUAAUUAUGCAUUUCUAUAUAAACUUGUCUUUGGCAUUUGUUAAGCCUGGGUCUAAAUUGAUGAAGCUGGUUUUGCAGACCCAGUCUAAAAAUUACAGCAUCUGAUUGGUUGAUUUUGAACUUCAAUUCUAAAUUGACCAAUGGCAAGGCUGAAUUUCUAGGCUGGUCUCCAAAUUUUGUUUUGUAAACUUGGAUCCUGAUGUAAACAUGUGCAUUUAAUACUUAUUUUGAACACUGCUCUUGUAGUUAUGUUGUAUGUUUAAAAGCCUGUCUAAAAACAGAAUAGAAAAUUAAUGGGACCAGUAAUACUUGUACUGGCAUACUGCUAAACAAUUUUUUGAAUGGAUCAUCAUAAAGGUGCAUAGUAAGAAAUGCUCUUCUCUAAAUUCAGUAUUUUAAGGCUUAUUAUUUUUAUGAAUUGAAAUAUGUAUAUUUGCAAAAACUUUAAUGAGCUUGAAUUGAACAACCAUGUACACAUGUAGGCUGUAUAAUUGCUUGUUAUUAUCAAACUGAAUAUAAGCUUUUAGUUAGCAUUUUAUGUUAGCUGCUAGUGCAUUGUUUUUUGACAAGGGUUAUAGGAUCCACAUACUGUUUGAUUUUUGUUUUGAAUCCAUGUGUAAAGCAUUGUUUAGUCUUUUUUUCCAUAUAUUCAGGCACUGAAGUCUUCCCGUUUAACCAGGAUUGUGAAGUUUGUUUUUUUCCCCAGUAAGAAACAUCAGGGUCACUGUUGUUAUGUUAGUUUUAUUUUAGAUUUAAUUUUCUUUUCAAGUUCUGUUAUGAAAAAAUUAGAUCUGGAUUUGAAAGAACAUGACUGUUUUUGUGUUAAAAAAAGAGAAGUGCUAAAUUAUUUCAUGAACUCCUUCAUGAUUAUUUAUAUUUUAUUGACUGGGCUUUAACCAAAAAUAGGUAAAAUGGAAUACUUAAUAUAUAAAACGCAACCUACAUGGCCAAAUGCUGAAGUUCUUUGACUGUGAAUCACUUGCCACUCAAUUCUGUGUGUUUGAAACUACAACCUAUAACAGUGUUUUUCUGAAGUUAAACUAACAAAAAUAUUAAUAUUAAGGAUUUAUGCAACAUAAAAAAGUUAUUAGUUUGGAGUUUGUAAAUAGAAGCUAUGAGUUUUAUACACACACAUUUUAUGUUGUUUUAUUAUAUGCCUGUUUUGAAAAAAAAACCAGACGUAUUAUGUGAUGGUGCGUGCAUCUGUCCAUCCGACUGUUCAUGUCCAGAGCAUAACACAAUAAUUAUUCAAGGUAUUGACUUUAAACUUGGCAUAUUGGUAGACGGCAAUGAGUAAUUCAAAGGUCAAGGUCACAAAUGUGCUCAAAGGUCAAAUUUGACUCUAAUAUUUCGUGCCAGCCCCCAGUUACUUUCAGUUAUUUGUGCCUUAGUAUUCCAUCACCGCUGCCGUGCAAAAAUCCCCAACCCCACCACCACCAUAUGCCACAUUACAACCCACUCCAAUACUCCGAAAAAUUUUUUUUUUUUCUUCCACCUCCUCUGAUCUAGAACUUUGGUGGUAUAUUGCCCGCCUUUUAUGGAGCUCUUGUCUUAUUUGCUGCUCAUAAUACAUACCUGGCAACAUAUUUUGUUCUUUAUUGUGUUCAUUUUGUUACACUUGUUAAACUGGACCAAUAGGAUUAGCUGUUAGGUAUGUGUUUAAUUAUUUAGCUUUUACAUCAAAUAUUGCCCAUUUACUUACAUUUAGGUUUAUUUAUUCAAAUAAUGUAGAGUAUGAAUAUACAUAUUUUGAUCAAAGAUAACUGGCAUAUUUGCUCUCAUUUAUUAAAUAAUAACAGUGUGUGUACUUGCAUGCUUAAUUCGAAUGUUUGCUGUAAAGAAGUUAGUUCAAUGAACUAAUAUAAGAUGUCAUAUCUUUAACAUUUGAUUAAUUUUGAUCCCGAAAUUACCUUAGAAUCAGUUGAAUCACAUUAUCUUAAUGUAACAUUAUUUGAGCCGUGCCAUGGGAAAACCAACAUAGUGGGUGUGCGACCAGCAUGGAUCCAGACCAGCCUGCGCAUCCGCGCAGUCUGGUCAGGAUCCAUACUGUUCGCUAACAGUUUCUCCAAUUCCAAUAGGCUUUAAAAGCGAACAGCAUGGAGCCUGACCAGACUGCGCGGAUGCGCAGGCUGGUCUGGAUCCAUGCUGGUCGUACACCCACUAUGUUGGUUUUCCCAUGGCACGGCUCAUUUUAGUUAUACUCGGUUUUAUUUGCCUGUCACUAAUUGCUGCAUGCUCUGGCAUUAACCCUUAACCUGCUAUAUUUCUAUAAUGGACUGGUCCAUCUUUCAAUUUGGACAGUACCACUUAUUACUCAAAGGGGUUUUCACUGAAAAUUUACUGACUGAAUAGCGAACAGUGCAGACCAUGAUCAGACUGCACAGAAUCAUCUGCCGCCAGCAGGCUAAGGGUUAAGUGAACCCAGUCCAAUUACAUUUUUUUCUAAUUGAAGCAAUCUCUUUGAUUCAGGUAAUCCCUGGAACAUUUCAUUGGCUUUAAAUUGGAUCAUCCUGGUUCUUAAUGACUAAACAUUUCUAAUUGAUUUAUUCCUUACUUGAAAAAGGAAUAAUUGUUUUAAAACUGUUAUUCCAGAAAUGGAGUGAUGUAAUUAGACAUGUAUACAAUGCUUUUAUGUUUUUAAAUGCACAUUGUUAUUGUUUUAACAAUUUUUGUCAGCAUGGUUUUGAACAAUUACUAAUGGUUAAGAAUGCAGAAAAAAUAAGCUAUUUUAACAUUCUACCAAAUUUAAGAUUAGGCCAGGCAAGAAAAUACAGUAACAUUCCUAUAACGUAAUGUUAUCUUAGGGGAAAUAUUGUUGUAAAAUGUAGUAGAAACUUUAGUAUGUGUUGAACUUGGGUGAAGUAAAAAUAUAUUUUUGCUACACUUUUUGCUACACUUUGAGAGUAAUAUAAAAUAAGUUGCAUUAAAUUGUAGUUUAGUCACCUUCAUUGAUAAACCAGUAUUUUGUUAUAAAGCAUUCCAAUAUAAAUGAGUAAUGUAUAGGAAUUUCAGGAUUUUUACUCCAUCCAUAGUAUAUAUUAUAAAACUGUAAUGGAUAGCACAUUUAACGGAAUCUGUAUUUUAUGUUAUAUAGGAAACAUUUUCAAUCUAGGGCUAAUUGAUAUUAAGCAACUAGCCUUAACAUUGGGUAGAAUUUGCAAUUCCAACCAGAAGUAGUAAAUACAUAUCAGGCUACUUCUUUGUAGAGGUUAAUUUAUAUUUACUGAAUUAACAGUCCCAUAUUUUAUUAUAUAUGUUCGGGCAAAAUGUAUAAAUAUACUACAUGUAUAGAAUAUUCAUCAGUAUUUUUACGUAAUAUCCCAUUUUUGACAGAAAGUAAAAAGUCGAUAUAGAUAUAAAAUAGUAUAAAUUAUGAUUUUACACAGAAUUAAUUAUUUCACUAUAAUGCACAGGCUCAAAUGUUAUUCUGUUACAAAAUGUUGUAACUGUUGCAAGGUAAUAUGUUUUGAAGGAUACCUAGUCAUAAAAUGUAUCACAAAUUUUGUAAUUAAUGAGGUUACAAUUUCAUACUUGUAUGAGAAUGGUUAUGUGUAGGAUUUUCUACUUUAUUUUGUUAUGAGCAAGUUAUUCACACAGUAUAGUAUCUAAUUUUCCACCAUUCUGGUAAAACCCAACCUAUACUGUGUUGGUGCUCCAUUAAAGCCAAAAGUCAAGAAUCUUGUAAAACCUAAAUCAGGAGUUCAUUGAAAUAUGUAGACUUAUCUGUAGCGAUCUCUUUGAUAGAAUUUAUUGAAUGAUUAAUACAAAUUGACAGAUUUACUACACAUAACACAUAUAAGUAUUGAAAUUGCCAGCCUCUCUAUUCACGCUUGAUUUAACAACUUUUAGGAUUAUUUUGCCGUUUUCUUUGUCAGCUGUACAUCUUAUGCUUUCACUGAGUGUCCAAGCUUCAUUUCUAUUAUCUCAAAAUCUGACACAAUAUUUAUUUAAUCUUUAUUUAUAAAUCUCUGUGCUUCUUCUGUUUUGUUGAUACUAUAACAUCUCACUUGCCACUUUUUCUUUCAUUUUUACUUAUUUCGUCAUAUCAGAUUUAAAUGGCUCCAAUAUUUUUUUCUUCAGAAUAAUUAAUAGACUGAAUAAAAGUGCCACAGUUUAAUAAAAAACAAAAGAAA